AUGGGAGUUUUUCCCGAAGAUGAGGAGAUUAGUAUGUCAAAGCUCAGUAGAUAUUGGAUUGCGGAAGGAUUUCUGAAAGCAGUAAGUGGGAAAAGCUUGGAAAAGAUAGCAAAAGAGUAUUUAAAAGACCUUAUAGGUAGAAAUCUUGUUUUAAGGAACACAAGAAGAAAGUGGGGAGAAAAAAGCUGCCAUAUCCAUGACUUGUUGAGAGACUUGUGCUUGAGAGAAGCCGAAAAAGAAAGGUUUUAUUAUACGGCAGCAGAUAAUGUAGCCAUAAGCGGCUUCCCGCCUAUGUCACAAGCUCGUUCUUUGAUGAUGUGGAAUGUUGGACAAAAACUAUCACCUCUCAAUAUGAGCUUGUUGAGGAUAGUGAAAACAACUCAAGAUAAAACUGAUCCUGUUGAAGUUUUAUCUGAUGAAGCUUUAUUUGAUGAAGUUUUAUCUGGACACGCAGAUCAAUUAGUUAACUCACGGUUCCUUCAAAUAGGUUUAAGAGAGGGGAAUGUUUCAUUGUAUCUUACUGCGCCAACUGAUUUUUGGUACAUGCCUCGCAUUAGGCAUGUUGAGAUCGGAAAGCUUCGUCUCCCAGAUCCUCCUAACGACCAAGAUGACAUUGUUUUGGGAAAUCUGCAAAGCCUGGGGUUAGUUGAAGAUUUCAAGUGUAGCGAACAAGUGGUCAAAAAAAUUCCCAAUAUAAAGGAAUUGGUUUUUUAUAAUUUGGGAGAGCCUGAUGAUGAGAUGUAUUGUUUCAGCAAUCUCGAUUGUCUAACUAAACUUGAGUCCUUGGACUGCAUGUUUAUAGGAAAGUCGGUAAUCAACUUUCCCCAUUCGCUCAAGAGAUUGGUUCUUCGUAAAACAAGAUGGAGUUAUUGGCGGCAAGACAUAUUGGAUAAGGUAGGUGUGUUGCCCCAUCUUCAAGAGCUCAGACUCUACAAAGGAAAUCUGGAAAAUGAAAGCUCCCAUUUUCCAUGCAUUGAGUGCCUUCAUCUUGAUGAACUAGAAGAGUUGCAGGAAAUCCCUUUAGAUUUUGCAGAAAUACCCACACUUAGAGAAAUUUAUGUGAACGAAUGCAGCGAUUCGGCUGUGUUUUCUGCAAAAAGAAUAUCAGAGGAACAUGAGGACUAUUACGGGGAAGGAGCCCUUCAAGUUCGGAUUCGCCUCGGGAGUGAUAACGAAGCAGGACUAGGACUGGAAAGCUUGGAUAGUCCUAACUUUCGUGUUAAACGUGUCUCAUGA